UCGUCGUAAUGGACAUCCCUAGUUGAAGUGAAUUUGAGAAUCAGCAUCGAUUUUUACGAAAUUUAUUUUACAGGAUUUAUAGCCGUUUUUAUCAAUAAAAAGUUAGUGUUAUCCUUAUUUUUUUAUAUUGGACGCAUAAAGUUUCACCGGAAUCAAAAACUAUUGCGUAGAAAUCCAUAAAUCUCAGGUAUGUAGGUCAAAAACUGAAAACUAUAUUUUAGUCGAAUUGCAAAGUGGUCAAAUUUCAGCCAAUGUAUAGAGCGUUGAGAGAAGAGAAUCCACUGAAAUAUUGCAAAAAACAUAAAGUUGGAUUCCGUGUGCAAGCGAAUUUGACCAGUUUGUGGACGAAAGUGAUAGUUUACUUUCAGAACCGAAGCAAGGAAUCCGCCGGUGCGUCCGUCGAUAGCUGGGUUUUGCAGGAAAUUCGGGUUCUGUAUUGGUAUCUCAUGUCAGAACGCGAGUGUCCUGCAACUCCUGCAGUACCUCAGGGGCGGGCGCGGGGGCUGUGGGGGCGGCGCGGCCGGCACGACAGUCUGCAGCGUGCGAUGGUAAAGAUCCAACUGUGUCCAUACAUUGGAUUUUUAUCGCCAUCGUAAUUUGUGGACUUUCUUUUCUACACCCUUUGCACCUUUCGUCUUCAUAUUUAUGUAACAUUUGUUGAUAGACAGCUUGAGAGGUAUUGUACCCUGUAUUUUGCAUUCAGAAAGAUUUAUUGAGGACAAGGUUGGUAUACUUAUCACAUUUGUUUUAAAGUCAUUAUAAUUCAUGUAUACUGCACAUUUGUGAUGAAAUGUUUAUUGCAAUGCAGCUGUUUUAUUUUAUAUAGGUAUGCAAAGCUCAGAUCAGCUAAUUCUAAAUUGUAUAUAUAAUUUAAUAAAGGCAAAACUAGAUUUCUGUAGUCAAAAUAGGCAAGUAGCUUUUAGUUUCAUCAUCAUAAAACAUACCAAUUAAUUGUGAAUUUAAAAGAAAUAGAAUUGGUGCAUAGGCAUUACAUCUCACCCGUCCAUGUCCGAUAGAUUUUGCUUUUCAGGUGUCAAAAAUGAGUGGCAAUGAGGCAGAGCUCCCCCCAGCUAAGAAGCAGAAGCUCGAUGAACCAGAACCAGAGCAGGGCUGCAGCUACCAGCCACCUCCAGACAUAGACUUCAGCGAGGAUGUCUCAGCCGCACCUACCGAGUCUGACUCAUUCUCAAUGGGCACCUCCAAGUAUGACGACUUUGUGAAGCCGGAGGAGAUAGAGAAGCUGAAAGAGUUCCAGGUCCUGGACGAGGUGAAGUCCGAUGAUGAGAACAGUGAUGAAGAUGAAUCUGACAGCUCUGAUGGCAAGUCCGAGGGAGUGCCCGAGGAGGAGAUUGAGAAGAUGCUGGACGAGGACCUCCCCGAGAACUUCAAGGGGGAACCCAAGCCCAAGGAGAAGACUUACCAUACGAGGGAGAAAAUUGUUCUAGAAGAAAAAGGCAUCAACUACUUCGAGGUGCUCCCGCUGGACUGGAUGGCGGUGCGGCACUACUCGGGGCUGCCGGUCUACAUGCACCGCGCCACGCGCGUCUGCACGCUCGCCAAGCCCUACGCGCUGGGGAAGGGGAACACCAGGCGACACGACAUUCCCAUCAGUGCAAUACCGUGCUUGAAUUACAGGAAAGCACUAGAGGAGGAAGCUAAACAGAAAGAGAUAGAUAGGAAAAUUACAGAACAGAUCAAGAGUGGGACAUGGAAACAAAAUUAUAAUAAGGAAAAUAAAGUAAAUAAAGAUAGCAAUACUUCCAAUAAAGAUGAAAUUAUCAACAUAGAUCUAAGCAAUGAUGACAAAAGUAGUGAUAAUAACUCACAAGAUAUAGGCAUAUCCACUGCUUUAGAUAAUGGUAAGGAAGGAGAAGUAAUUGAUCUAGCUAAUGACGAUAAGGAUACUGAUGAGUUAAGUUUAAAUAAUAAGAAUAAAACAGCAAUAAGUGAAAUAUCUAAAUGUCAAAACGAUAAUCUAGAAGCUACUAGUGAUAGUAUAGAUAUAACUGUAAGUAAUAAAGAGGAAGCAAUAUCAAGUGAAGGAGUUAAGAGUUCCAUACCCCAGGAACAUGGCCAAAUGGAUGAUGGUCAAACUGAAAAUGUAAUGAACCGUGAUGAUAAACCAAUGGAAGUAGAAGAAUCAAGUUCUAAAACAAAAGGUGAUGAUAGUGCAAUAGAAAAGCCAAAGUGUCCUUUCGCCAAUGGCUUCAAAAAUCUAGAUUUUGUACUUAAAGAUGGCCAAAAAGAAGCUUUUAUGAGUGAUUCACCAAAAUGCCCUGCUGAAAAUAAGAAAAAUAAUGCUACAGAAAAUUCAGAAGAAACAAAAGAAGCGCCAGAUUGUAAAAAAAAUGAAACUGCUAAUCAAGAUCGCCCAGUAACAAACGGAGUUACUGCCGAGAAUGCCAAAGCAAAUGAGACAGAAGACCUAUCAGCUCAACCCGUGGUGUUGCCGGGAGGUAUAGCGAUGUUGCCACCGCGGGUUGAGACUGUAAAUACCAGCUGGAAGACCCAGCAUUUGACUCCUGAGGAGGUCAAUAAUUAUUGCAAAGCGCUUUUCAAGUUCAAAACUGUCAAUAUUAUGCAUUUCAAACGCUGGGCGGACCGGCACAAGUACGCGAAGGCGCGGCGCGCCCUGCAGUACCCCGCCCUGCCGCCCGGCACCAAGCUCAUCACCAUCCCCGCGACCAGCGAGCCAGCAGGUCCGGGCGGCAAGGCGAGCAAGCGCGACUGGGUGAUGAACAUGAACGGGCGCAGCUACCUGUCCGUGUUCCACGAGUACGUGCGCCGCGCGCUGCUGCAGCAGCCCGUGUACGAGUUCCAGCAGCUCGAGAACGCGGCCACCCCGUACCAAGCAACAGUCUACAUCGGCGGCAUGGCCUACGGCUGCGGGCGCGGCACCAGCAAGCGCCUGGCCAAGGCCAACGCCGCCAGAGCCUCCAUACAGAUACUCAUCCCCGAGGCCAAGCUGGCAGACGCCGCCCCGAGCGAACCUGACUUCUCUUUCUUCGACUACGUGGGCAUCGAGGACCCGCGCAUCACGGAGUUCUGCGCCGCGACCUGCGAGCCCUCGCCCCACGCCAUCCUGCGCACCUGCCUGCUGAGGAACUUCGGAGCGGGCGACCGCCACGUGCACACCGAGAUGAAGAAGCUGGAGUACCAGAAGAUCGAGCUGACGAUGAAGGUGGGCAAGCACUGCGCCACCGUCGUGUGCAAGAACAAGAAGACGGCCAAGCAGCGCGCCUCGCAGGCCAUCCUGCAGGCGCUACACCCGCACGUCCGCUCCUGGGGCUCCCUGCUCCGGCUGUACGGCUCGCGCUCCGUGAAGAGCUGCAAGGAGAAGAAGCUGGAGGAGCAGCAGAUCACGCUGCUGCAGGACAAGGCCCGCCACAACGAGCCCAACUACGCCGUGCUCGAGAAACUCAGGAUGGAGAUGCGUCGUCUCCGCGAGCGCGACGAGGCGGUGGUGCCCAUCGGCACGCUGCUGGUGAAGGACGACCUGCCCACGCACUCCGGCUCCAACCUCAACAACGUGGACCUGUGAGCCAUGUAGACCAGGGGGGCACUCUAUGUGACCAUGUAGCCACGACUCUAUCUCGUUGUAUUUCACGUGCUGAUUGCACGACAAUUCGCUCCGUAAGUUAUACUGUGGGAAUUCCAGGAUAAAAAGCACCAUGUAGACCAGGGGGGUUAGCCCAGGUUCUACGAACUAGCCACGACUCUAUCUCGUUAUUUAACGUGCCAAUCGCACUACUCAACAACGUGGACCUGUGAGACCCUCCCUGCAUCAU